UCUCUCUCUCUCUCUCUCUCUCUCUCUCUCUCUGGAGAAAAGUAAAAGCCAACGCCCCGCUUGUCAACUCCUCGGCUCCGCCUUCCCCUCCUCCAGAAAGUACACUUUCUGUACGGGCUUCUGUGUGGUCGUGACCGAGCUCCUGCAGAAUGGCUGACACGACCGCAUCCGCCGGUGCUAACUGCAUGGACAAGCUGAAAAGUUACGUGAGGACCCAGAAAGGAUUCAUCCUCGCAGCUGAAAUAUUAAUCAGUUUGAUCGUCAUCAUCUGCUACGCUGCAUCUCUGUAUGGAGGCUACUCCGCCGUGGCCAUCUGCGAGAUGAUCUUCGCCAUGGUCUUCUUUGGUAUCUUCAUGAUGGAGAUGGACAAGCAGAUCCAAGUGGUCAACUGGGUCUGGAGCGAUCUUUUCCGUGCUGGUAUUGGCGCUGUCCUUUACAUCAUCACUUCUCUGAUCUGCGUGAUCGGAGGAGCCGGGGACGGCGCUCGUAUCGCAGGCGGGGUUUUCGGGUUGAUCGCCGGUCUGCUGUUCGCCUAUGACACUUACACCAUCUUCCUGCAAAUCAAGAGCACCAGGCAGCACACAGCAGCUUCCACCGAUGACAGAGUUUAAACACUCCCAAGACACGUGUACCUCUAUCAAGAUCGCAGCAGGAGAACAAAGAGGAAUUUGCGCAGAAGUUAACGGAAGAGCAGAUGGGAAGAGAGGACGAUGGACAGUAAAAUGAACAGGUCACAGUUUAAUCGAUGCCACUGUACGGUGUGAACAGGCGAGAGAUUUCUUUUAGGACCGUGCUUGAGAGGAGGAGGAUGUAGUCAGAGUCGAGUGGUACUGUACAUCAAAUCCUGUCUACUACAGGAGACAAACCUUUUACUCCAACCUCAAUGUACCACUGAUUAAAAAGGGAAAACUGUAAAUAACAGGCAAUGGUUGAUUUCAUCAAGCAGCUUGUCUAAUACACGUCUACUGUUAAUGGACUGCUGUAGUGAGUAGUAACUGUGUCAUCCGGACAUUAGAAAAUAAACUGACACACGUGGGUGCUUUAGAAAUUGUUUAACAUCAUAAUUAUGCUCUUUCUCGGGUGUGUUUUUUUCUGUAUUCUGAGUGAGGUUUCUCAGCUGGCCAAACAUUUCCCCUCUCUUGUUUAUUUAAUCAUUGCUCUUUAGAGUGCUCCCCGUGUGUGUUAAAGUGCCUUAAAGUCUCAUCCAAAUUAAUCUCAGUCGCCUCGUUACAGAUAAAUUUCAUAACUGCUUGUUCUGUCUUCACUACAGUUUUAAAGAUUCGUAUUACAGAAGGAGUUUCUAAACCUGUGGCUGUGCCCUGUCACACAUCUGAUACCUGCUAUCUCAACUUCCUAUCCUGGAAAUGUAAACCCGAUUCUUCGACCUGCUCUCAUCCUGUUAUGACUGUAUGUUUGUUUAGACUACACCCGCCCGUAUCCUUGACGACAGCUGUCUUGCCUCACUUGUCAGCGGUUAGCUAACUCGAUAAUAAUUGACAAGAAAAGAUGAUUGUUCAUUUUUUUUUGUUUCGCUCAAGUCAGAGGCAUUAAGCAUGUCAGCAAAAGAGAGUUUUCUUCACAAUAUUUGGCCCAAAUUUUAAAGAUCAUUUCCACACAGGCCUGACAAUAAUUUGAAUUUAGGACUAUGCCAUCCUAACCUACCUAACUAAUCUCCUAUCUUUAGAUAAAAUAUUAAUACUUUUUUUUCCCUGAAUGCAGUUUGGGAACUUCUCUCUGUGAUACCAGAUAUCCCAUCCUAAACUGAGAUAAGAAGACUUUGAAAUUUUCUGUAACGAGGCGUCCUAAAUUGUUGAAGUGGCCUGCUGUUAUUGACUAGAAAUUCUUUGACUGUUUGUGUACUAGUCAGUGUUUAGCCUGCAUCGUUUAGACGCGUUGGACAUCCAUUAACGAUCAACCACGUGUUUAUUACUCCAGUUUCAUCUAUCUACUUUGAUUAUUGCUCAGGAUGUUGUUGUUCUUUUUUUUUCCUUUUUACAUUUGUAACACAUUUCUAAGGGUACAGAAUAUUUUUCUGUUGACAUUUUAUACAGACCAGUCGCACAGUACAGAUUUAUUUGUUUGUGUCUUUUUUUCUUUUUCUUUUUUUUUGGAAGUCGAUGUUGACGACACAGAUGAAGAAAAGAACCGACAUCUAAAGAAAGAUCACAUCGUUAGAGUUUUAUAAUGAUGAUUUUAUGACCAUAAAUUGACUACGUUCUGUUAUUGUUUCCUCUACCCUUUGGUGUCCAAGUAAAACAUUGCCUUAUUAUUAUUAUUUUUUUUCUAACAUGCUUUACAAGAGUCUGCUGUUUGUAAGUUCAACAUUCGAAGCAGCCUUGCUUUGGGAAAUAAAAGCCACGGUAAUACAAAGAAAA